GUAGUAUAUUUUGAAGUGGCAUGGUCACCCUGCACUAAACGCUGUUAUUGCUCUUCUUCUUGAGUGGAGAAGAGAGUGAUAGAAUCGGUAGGCAGCGCGGCAAUGUGUAUGAAGAGAGAGCGAUUUGCCAAUCAGUUGGUGCCGAGUAUUUGCUUCGUGAGCAGGUGGGCCGCGCGUCGCGCUAAAUUCGUAUAAGAAUCGCCUCUUAAACAAUAUGAAAAAAAUUCCAAUAGCCGAAAGCAAAGGCAAAGGCACUUGAUGAUAAUAUAAAUCGCGGCGCAUGCUACGCCCACGCGUUCAAGUUCAGUGCAUGCGACGACGACAGAGCAGCGAAAACAACAACCAACCAACAAAAAAAGCCAAAAAGCAACAAAGCAACAAAGCAAGGCGCAAGUGAUAAGAAAGAGAAUUAAUAUAUAUUUAUGUAUAUGUGUAUAUAUUUGUAAUACAAAUUUAACGUGAAAAGAAAUCUGUCGAAUCGCGAGUCGGCUGAAAUAUAUAAUAACAAAAAAAGAUAGAAAGCAAUCGUAAUAUGUGUUGCAAAUAUGCGAAACUUUAAGUCAUAAAACAAAAAAGUUAAAAGUAAACGAAAACAUCAAGCAGCUGAUAAAGUGUCGGUUGUUUUCCAUCAUCUGUGAGCCGCAGCAAUAGUGACUGCCAAAAGGAGACGUCACGUGCUCAAAGAGCUGGCCACGUGGCCGUGCCCAAUGGCCCAGUCGACGCCGCGAGGAGCAGGAGCAGCCGAGCAACCGACGACGUCGACAACAACUACAACGAGAACAGCGCGAACAACGAAGCUGCCGUUGACCUCAUCCUCAUCCUCCGCAUCAUCGUCAGCAUCCACAGGCUGAGGCUCUGAGGCUAAUGCUCAUCAUUCUCUCAGUCGCAAACGCGCUCGUAAUUGCAACAAUUCAAUUUAAGCUCGAAUCGAAUUAAAUUUUUGCUGGCGGCGCUGCUGUUGCUGUCCCAUUCGUUGUCAUCUGUGCCUCGCUCUGUCUCUCUCUCUCCGUCUCAGUUUCCGACUCGUGUGUGCGUGUGUGUGUGAGUGUCCGUGUCUGUGUGUCUGCGCCGCCAGCAGCAACAGAAGCAGAAGCAGAAGCAGCAGCAGCAGCAACAGCAGUAGAAACAGGCAUGAAUAGCAAAUGAAUUCAAACUCGGCAAACAAAAGAAAAUGCAUCUUAAGUGAACUUCCUGCGUUGACAACAAAAACAAGGCACGAGGGGGAGGAGGAGGUGGUGGCAACGCAACUUUAGCCAAUUACCGCAAAACACCAAAACAACAAGAAGAAAAAACACCAACAACAACAACAGAAUCAGAAUCAGAAGUUAAAGUAGCCACUGCAAUGGCCGCCUCCACAUCAACGCCACAAAACUACAAAGUGCCAUCGACGAGCAAAAUAUCCGUGGACAAACUACUCCGAGUGGGAUACUAUGAGCUGGAGAAGACAAUCGGCAAGGGCAACUUUGCCGUUGUCAAGCUGGCCACAAAUAUUGUGACCAAGACAAAGGUGGCCAUCAAGAUCAUUGAUAAGACGUGCCUCAACGAGGAAUACCUGAGCAAGACGUUCCGGGAAAUUGCAAUAUUGAAAUCGCUGCGUCAUCCGCACAUAACGCGCCUCUAUGAGGUGAUGGAAUCACAGUCGAUGAUCUAUCUGGUCACCGAAUAUGCACCGAACGGCGAGAUCUUUGAUCACCUGGUGGCCAAUGGACGCAUGAAGGAACCGGAGGCAGCUCGCGUCUUCACACAGCUCAUCUCGGCGGUGCACUAUUGCCAUCAGCGUGGCGUCGUGCAUCGUGAUCUCAAGGCGGAGAAUGUGCUUCUCGACAAGGACAUGAACAUCAAGCUGGCGGAUUUUGGAUUUAGCAAUCACUACGAGGAAGGAAGCCCACUGCGCACGUGGUGCGGAUCACCGCCCUAUGCGGCGCCAGAGGUGUUCCAGGGUCUGGAGUACGAUGGUCCCAAGUCGGAUAUCUGGAGUCUGGGCGUUGUGCUUUAUGCGCUCGUCUGCGGAGCUUUGCCCUUCGAUGGCAAAACCAUUCUGGAGCUCAAGAGUCGCGUUGUCUUGGGAAAAUUCCGCAUACCUUUCUUUAUGUCGCAGGAAUGCGAGCAUCUCAUACGCAAUAUGCUGGUUGUGGAGCCGGAUCGUCGUUACACCAUCAAACAGAUCAUCAAGCAUCGCUGGCUAAGCGACUGGCAGGCGGAACUGCAGCAAGGGGAUCGCUGUGAUGCCACAACGUUGCCCUUUGGCGCCGCCUCAACUGCAACGUCUCAAUUGUCCAGCUCGAAUUCGUUGACGGGUUCAAAUUCGUCGCUGGCGGGCGUGGAGUCGAGUGAUGCUGGCACAGCGCCUCAACUGGAUGCUGUGGUCAUGACACACAUGCUACAGCUGCCGGGGCUGACGGCGGACAUGAUUGCGCAGUCGGUGCACGAGCAGAGGUUCGAUAACAUCUAUGCCAUAUACAAUCUGCUGCAGGAUAAGCUGCUACAGAAGCGACGCGAAAACCAAAGACUGCAGCAUCACGCGAGUUUGGCGUAUUCGAGAUCACGCAAGACGAGCAUCACGACCGGCGUUGUGGAUCGUUCGGAGCCUGUUAAACAAGAGUCCCUCGAUCGUCUCAGUCCGCUCAGUAAUGCGAAUGCCUCAAAUACCGCGCUGGGUUUCGGUUGGUGUGCCGAUGUCGGUGUCGAUCUGGAGAAGUUCGGCGACUUUGAGCUCGAGUGUCUGGCACGACCCAAUGAGUCCACUGUUCAUCCGCAGCAUUUGAGCGCCACAGCAGGUGGAGUGAGUGGAGCAAACACACGACGGCACACUGUCGGACCCGGCGAUGUGGCACACGAACAGGCGCUGGCCAAUCCCAAUGUGCCGCCCAUCGAUUUCAAGUGUGCGCCGCAGUGCAGCGAUGCAGCACAGGCCACGCCCUAUUAUCCCAUGAAUCUGCCCAUGCUGCAGAAUCAGCCGCUGCACAAUCUGACCAUCAAGGAUCAGCAUCUGCUCAAGCCACCAGUUGUCAUGGGUGCCAGUUCCUUUGGACGUCGUGCCUCAGAUGGUGGCGCCAAUCUGCACAUUUAUUAUCCAGCCACGGUGCCAGUUGGUGGCAAUGCUGCAGCUGUGGCCAGUGGUCAGCAAAUGGACACUUCGGGGUACUACAUGAAUCCCAGCCUAACCUCCACGCCCGGCACCACAGAACUGUCGCCUCUAAGCGAACAAUCUUCGGGUCAGCUGCAUUGUUGUCCCGAAAACAGCGGCGAAGAGUGCAGCGAGGAAAUCCAACGCUAUAUGCAGAAACGUGGUGGGGUUAAACGUCACACGGUUGGCUGCACCGAGGAUCUCUCUGUCACGCACAGUCCCGGCGAGCUGGGACAUCUGCAGGUGCCGCCAGGCGCUCAGCCACAGACACCCACCGGCAGCGGCUCGGGCGGUGGCAACAUGCGAACCCGUCGAACGGGUUUACUCACAGUCACCGAAAGACCGCCAGUCAUUUGCCCCGAGCUAAUACGCGAAGUUGAAUCUCGCAUGAAUCGCGACUAUUUGCCGCCAACACUCAAAUCUCUGAGUCAAUCCCCGCCAAAUGCGCCCAACUUUGGUCUGCACAUGGGCGUGGGCGUAGGUGUGGGCGUGGCCAUGGGCAUGCCAGUGGCCACAUCGCCGCAGCAUUCCUUGCCCCUUAGCAUCACCGGGGGCAGCAACUCGGUGCCACUUGUGGCGCCCACAGCGGCGGCCAACAAUCGUCGCGCCUAUCGCGCUGCCCACUGUAAAUUGCCCACUGUGCAGGAGGGUGCGACCAUAGGACGCUACAGUCCAGUGCGUCGCGCCUCGGAGGGAUCGCGCUCACAGUUCCAGGGACCGCUGCAGGAAUGCCAAUCCCUGCAAAAAGGUAUCGCACAGAGAAAUUUUUUGGUUGCACCAAGUCCGCCGCUUUUAGAAAAUUCGAUCAGUCUGCCGGGCUCACCCAUACAUGGCAAACCAACGAAUCUGCAGCUAGCGUUGCGUCGUGGACACGACAUCGAAGUGCCGCCGGAGGCAAUCAAGAGUCUGAUGCCGGCGUUGGAUCGUCUGGUGAAGGAGCAGCGCGUCAGCUUCGAGAUCGCCAAGAAGAUAAUCUCAUCGAAUGUGGUGCCCAUCGAUUUGGCGCCCCAACUCGGUCUCGCCGCCCACGCAGCCAGCGCGGCCGUAAGUGGCGGCCAUCUGGAUCAAUCGCAUCUGUAUCAACAACAGCCCAUGCACAACAGCUACAGCGUCUCGCCGCUGACCUUGCCGCACGGUCCGAACGCUUCGCUGACCUCGGCCAAGCAGAUGUUUGGCCAGCCCAUCUGUGGCUAUCAGUAUCCCGGCCCGGGUCAGGCAUUGGCCAUGGGUUUGACGCUGCCUCUGCAACCGCAACAGUUGGUGGGGCAGUUUAGCAGCAUCAAUCUGGGCGCCAGCAAUUCGAACAACAGCAGCGGCUGUCAGUCGCCCGUGUACAGCACGAACAGCAACAGCGGCAGCGGUUUCAGUGGCAGCUGUUCGCCCAAUCCCAAUCCCUAUUUGCCCGGCACCGGACCGUUUAAUCCCUGUGCUGGCAACUCGUCGCCGCUGCAUCAGAUCACCAAGGGCAUCUCGGGCUUGAGCACAGGCGGCGCUGGUGGCUCCAUAACACGCGGCACUUCGGCGGCCAGCGAAGGUGCUGCUGCCGCUGCUCAGCAGCCAUUGGAUCUGUCCAUGGAUGUGUGCAGUGCGGGAGCUGGAGUGUGUGGAGCGGAGCAACCCACUGAUUAUGCUACUCCGAAUUGGUUUAUGCCAGCUGCGGCCUACUACGAUCUGAAGCCAUUGAAUCUGUCGCCAGCGCAGCCAGUGCGUGUGGUGCCCACGCCCCCGGCAUCGCCCAAUCUGUGCAUCAUACAGGAGGAGAACGGCAAUGGGCAAAUGUGUCACACAAUAAGCACCGGGACACCGUAUGCCGGCUGCACCGGCGGCAUAACGCCGCAGAUAUGCCUCACCGAUGUACAAGGCAGCGAGAUCACGCUGGUGGCGCUCUCUUCGGACAACAGUCGCGACAGCGAGGAUUCACUCGAGCCGCAUACGCCUAUUAUGUCGCUGCAGGGUUUGAUUAUCACGGAGCCCAGCAGCGAUAUGCCGUCGAUAACGCGUGGCAUUGGACGCAAGGCCAGCCUGGACUGUGAGCCCAGCUCGAAUCAUGCCUCGGGCAGUCAGUGCCAUGGCAACGCCUCCAAUGCGGAGGCGCAUCGGCGUGGCAGCGAUAAAUCGCUGGGAUUCUCCGACGAUUCGCUGAGCAACGAUUCGAAUAAUCUGUCGCCCUCUUGCCAGGAGCCAUCGGCCAGUUCGGGCUUCAAAUCCGAUUCACAUUCCGAAAUGGGUGAUCACACCGAAUGCGGCCAUUUGACGCCCGACUCCAUGUGCGAUUCGCGUCGCAUGUCGGAUGAAAUGUGCUACGAGGUGCCGCUGCCACACGAAUGCUCCAAUCUCGACUCGACACGCAUACUCGAAAUGGUUAAACAGACCAUCGAUUCAACCAUGCCACCCAAAGGGUUUGUGCUGCACAAGGGCAGCAUCAGUUCGGAGGAUAGUGGGGCGGAAUCGAGGCACAGCAGUGCCUCGAAUGCAUCCAGCGAUCUGACUGCCAAUCCCAAUGCCAGUGGGAGUUCGGCGAACUCUUCGACUGCUGCUACAGCUGCCUGCAAUUAUGGCGAACCCACCACAAAUCUCAGUCUGGAGUAUUCGGGCGGUCUGCAGAUUGAGCUGCAGGUGUGCGAGGGUCGCAGUCGGGAUCAUCAUGGCGCUGCCAAGGGCAUCAAGCUGCGUCGCAUUUCCGGUGAUCAGUUUGAGUACGGAAAGAUUUGCCAGCAGCUCAUCAGCACCAUAACCAUGCAGCAGGUGGCUGGCUAAAGUGUUGGGGGCAGCGGGACUGUUCCCCACUUUUUCUGCCACAUGUCACUGCGUCUCCCUGUGUAUGUAUCUGUGUGUGUGUGCUUGUGUGCGAGUGUGAGUGUGUUUGUAUCUGUAUCUGAAUGUCCUGUAACGCAACCAACAGAAUGACUCGCCUUGCCUAUAUAAACUCUGCAUAGCUGUGAUCUAAGCCGAUAUACAUAUGUCUAUAUCUAUAUAUCCUCUUGUCUGUAUGUGUGUAUGCGUGGGUGUGUGUGUGACUGUCUUUAAUUGUGGCAUUAAACUAAACGUAAACGAAUCAAACGCUCGACAUAAGCAAUUCUAAAGGAAACUAUUAUUAUUACUUUAAUGGAAUUUCAAUUUGACUUUAUUUCAAUAUUGCAAAUUAAUAACUUAAUCAAAAUUUUUAUCAAAUUUAAACUUGUAUAGUGCUAUAUAGAUAGAUACUCUUGAUUCUUGGGCGAGCAUUUCACAAAACUGUCUUAUAUCUUAUAUACAAUUCACACACACCAUCAAACACCCACACACAUACACACAUAAUUUUAGCCACAUACACACAUCGAACAACCACAUAGAUAUUUUGCAAUAGAGCGAAGAGUGCAAAAACUUGUUCAGUUUUUGAAUUUGAAUCCAGGAAUCUUGGACUGUUCUAUUUUAUUUUUUUUUUAAUAUUUCGCUUUUAAGUUUUGUUCAAAAAACGACACAAAUAAGUUAAAUGCAUUCCAGUAGCAAAAAAUUUUGAUUGAGACGUUCUAGCUAUAUCAAAGUACGAGUAUCUAAUAUGUAGAACUAGAUAAAACAUAAAUAAAUGUAAUUUUUACUCUGUGCAAUCCGAUUAUAAAACAAAACGACAAAUGUGUAUAGCGCUCAGAUUGGCACGAUUGCAAAUUUAAAACAAAAAACACUUUGUUUCUAAAUAUACUAUAUAACUAUAGUAGAUACUUAUAUAAUUACGAUAUGAUGAAGAUGAUGAUAACGAUGAUAAUGAUAACAACAAGUGUCUGUAGUUAGUAUGCAGUUUUUGCUCCGUUAUAUUGUAAGCACUAAUCUUUAAGCUCUUUGAUUCCGUUAAAUUUACAUCAACAAAAUGAAAGAAAUCUUUUAUGUACGUAGUAAAACUUUGUUCGUUUGUUAAUGGUUAGAAAUGGCGCCUUCGAUACGCGUUCAAAUUGAUUAAACACAAAUUGAGAAAUCUAUUAUUAAAAGACUGCUGUGAUUUUAAAUAUAAUUACUUAUUUAGUUCAGAAAAAAUAUAAAAAAAAACCAAAACAACAAACCAACAAAAUAAACAACAAGAACUUAGCUAUACAUAUGAAAACAAUUAAUAAUUAAUUCAACUUUAUCUUAAAUAAAUUACCAAUU